AUGUCGAUUCAUGUGGAAAAACGCCCUGUGAGAGUGGCCAACUGCUCUGGAUAUCAUGGCGAUCCUGCAUACGAGAUGUACCGUCAGGCCACCCUGGGAGACAUCGACUUCAUAACCGGUGACUACCUCGCAGAAGUAAACCUGGCCAAUAAUGCUUUGGCGUGGAGGGAUGGAAAGCAUCCCGGAUAUGAAGAGACUGCCUGGGAAGGUCUACGGCAGACGAUCGAUGUUAUUGCUGAGAAACGCAUUCGUGUCGUCAUUAACGGCGGUGCUCUGGAUCCUAGAGCUCUAGCACUAAGAACAAAGGCUCUGGUCUCUGAGAGAAACCUCAAUCUACAAGUCGCAUUCCUCUCGGGAGAUGAUUUGUACCCUGUUGUUGGCCCAGAUAUGCCUACAACCAAAGAAGGACUGGCCCAUCUUGACUCAGGCAACCCCUCCGUAGUCCCACCAGAUCUCACAUAUGCAUUCCUGAACACGAAGGAUGGGAAGCCGGUUCCUAUGGUAUCCGCGCAUGCUUAUCUUGGAGCCCGUGGAAUUGUUGACGGUCUGCGGCGAGGGGCGGAUAUCAUUAUAUGUGGCCGAGUGUCAGAUGCCAGCCCCGUUAUUGCAGCAGCUUGGUUCUGGCACGACUGGGCCGAAACAGACUAUGACAAACUCGCAGGCUCUUUGAUUGCAGGACAUCUCAUUGAAUGUUCUGCAUACGUGACCGGGGGUAAUUUUGCCGGCUUUGACAAAUACCCUUCAGACAACCUGGUAUCUCCAGGUUUCCCCAUUGCAGAGAUUGCCACGGAUGGCACUUGCACCAUCACGAAGCAUCCUGGUACACAAGGAAUGGUCAAUGUGGAUACUGUUCGUUCUCAGUUCUUGUAUGAGUUGCAGGGAACAACGUACCUCAACAGCGAUGUCAGUGCUCACAUUGCCGACGUACGAGUGAUAAAUGUAGGAAAAGACCGAGUCCACGUCUCCGGAAUUCGUGGUAGCCCACCCCCAUCGACCACGAAAUUUGCUGUAUUCUACCAAGGUGGCUAUGAAGCCCAGAUUCUCAUGAACGCGACCGGUUAUGCCACCUCUGAGAAAUGGGAUCUUCUUGAAAAGCAAAUCCGUAAUUUCCUGCCAGAUGAAGCCAAAAAUGAGCUAGAAACACUUGAAUUCCAGAGAGUGGGUACACCUUCUCCGAACCCAGCUUUUCAGCUGGAGAGCACAACCUAUCUGCGAAUUUUUGUUGCUUCUCUAAAUGAAAAAGCCGUACUUGCAGUUGUAAAGGCUAUGGGAAAUAUUUCCCUGAAGCACUUUUCUGGAUACCAUCUCUCCAUGGACCUCCGCACUGCCCUCCCACUACCCUUCCUGGCCUACUACCCCGCACUGAUCAAGCAGUCUGAUAUUUCGGAGAAAAUCAAUUUCGUCGGUGGGUCCGAUACAAUUCGCUCCUAUGAGACAGGCCAUCCACCCCGCUACGAAGAGCUUGGUAUUCGGGAUAACUACGAUGCCAAGUCUCCAUGGGUCUUCAAAGGCCCACAAAAAGAGAUCAGGCUGGGAGACAUCGCUCUCGCUAGAUCUGGAGACAAGGGUGGAAACCUCAAUGUGGGCUUCUUCGCUACAAAUCCAGCUCAUUGGCCUUGGCUUCAGUCUUACAUGACUAGAGAUCGUAUGCGUGAACUCAUUUCCAAGGACUGGAAAGAUAGUUUCUUCAUCGAGCGUGUGGAGUUUCCUCUUAUCCAUGCUGUACACUUUGUGAUCUACGGGAUCUUGGGGCGUGGUGUGAGUAGCUCAAGUCGUUUAGAUGGGUUUGGAAAGGGUUUUGCAGACUACAUUCGUGAUAAAGUCGUCAGUGUUCCUUUGGAGAUCCUUUAA